GAACUUUCAUUGCGUUCGGAGUGCAGUGGCUCGUCGGUGUUUACAACGAACUGAAUACUUACACCGUGUAGGAAAUAUAAUAAAACUCCCUACACAAAACAAGAAAUUCGAUCUUGUUCUGUAGUCAGCGUGCGACGUCAGGUUUCAGCGAUAAGGUGUCGUCAUCCUCAUUCCGCAGUCCGUAAUCGGCGGUAAACAUUGUUCUCUAUUGCAAGCUCUGAACAUCAAAAGCAGCAGUACAACGAAGACACAAUCGCAUAAGCUACCGUCGUCACGAAAAGAGGGGAAAAGAAGAAAUCCGCACAAAAAGGCCGGCCAAGUGAGGAACGAGUAAACAAACAAACCGGGGAAGCAACAUGUUGUCGCACUUGUUGAAGGAUACCAGCGUGAUCGUCAGUACCGGCAACGUGCUGAAUGUGAGCGAAUUGCGCAAGAAGGCCGGCCAAAAACCGACCGAUGAGCUGACCGACUGUCUUCGUUCGACGUUCGGCGACGCGGAAGUUACCGACCUGCUGCCCAGCCGCCGUCUCAUCACACGCCGCAACAACGAUCUGCUGGAAAAGGUGAAGGAGCAUCCGCGGGCGGACAUAAAGAUUGGGGCGAAAAUUUUCCUCAACCGUUUCUCCGAACCAGCGCUAACCGAGGCGGUUGAGAAGCUGUUCGAAACGCUGAACGUAUCGUACUUGGACAAUCUUAUACUGGCCUACCAUCCGACGGCGACCGGAAGUAGCAACGGGACGGACGGUACCAACGGUGCUGCCCAACCGGACGAACCGUCGGAGGCGGAAGUGAAGGAGGGCGUAAUCGAGUGGGCGGUCGGCAGUGACAAUGCGGUGGGCUAUUUGAAGAAGCUCUGGACCUUGCUGGAACGGUACGCCGGUGAUGGGAAGAUUGGACAGCUCGGCAUUGCCGACCUGGAUGCGGACUCGCUCAAGGAACUGUACGAUGCGUCGACGGUACAUCCGUCGAUAGCGCAGAUCAAUCUAGCGGCAUGCUGUGUUGUGCCACCGCAACUGCAAGCGUACUGCAAUCAGAACGAAAUUCAACUACUGACGCACAGUGACCCACAAGAGCUGCUGCCAAGAGAGGUACUGAACGAGCUAGAACUGGCAAGCUACGGUGCGGGCUGGACGUCACGCUAUCAGGUGCACAUCAAGUGUCGCGGUGUGCUGGCAGCGAAAGGGUUCAUCGUCAGUCUGGAGCGUUCGAAUUGAGCGAAUCCCCGCUUACCGCUCACCUUUCACCGAAUGCCAUUCCGCGGUGCCGCAUAUUGUUUUGGGGGAACAACCGGCCAUGGAUCGACGACACUGCGGGUCAGUUCCGUUUCACCGAGAUGCACACAGGACACACACACACAUUUGCACUGGCUAUUAGAGGCACAAGAAGACGACACUUUGGACGAAGGGUUUCCCUUUGAGCCAAUCCGCCCGUAAAGGAAUUCCACCGUCGUGACGCAUUCGGGCCGAAGAUGGUAGUUGUUGUGUUGAGUGUUUUAGCCGAUGUGUUUAGCCGUCUUCUAUAAACCAUAACAAAACAGCAAACAGAUGCACUUAACAACAUUCGAUGUUAACAGUAGUGUAAGUAAGCGAGGAAGCAGCGGGGUUAGUUCCAGCUGCUGUACUGUGGGGAACAGUGGGGAAGCGUGGGGGAAAAGGGAAGAACAAGUAUUGCCAGCUUUUACAGGAUGAGGCUUAGUUGUGUAGUAGUUUAAGCACACAAAACAAAACAAAAAAAGACAUGAACGCUUUUAGGUGGUACUGUGGCGUAGGCGACAUGUAGGUGCGCUUUCGUGUUUUUCUUUCCGAAUGGGAUGAAUGAGGCCUUUAUCCGAGGUGUGACGAGAGGCGACUUUAGUAGCCGGUUAGUGUUUACGCAAUCAGCAACGCACGAGAAUGUUUCCGUAGUUUUGUAUCGCUUUUAUGACUAUUGAUAACUACUAUUAUUAUUGUUAGCAAAUGGUGGACCGAUGAUGAGCUAAGAGAAGGAGAGAAGGAGAGUGCGAGUGCAGUAGGACAGAUGUUUAUUGUUUUGUUGCAACCGUUUGUGUGCCAGCAGGAUUGUCUUCUUUUUUCAAGAACAAUGACAAGAAUGUGCCUGAGGGGGAAAGAUUCGAUUCUGCCCGUUCGGCAUGGUAAGGGAUAAUCGCGUGGUUUUAUCAUUAAGAUCAGUACAUGUGUAGGGCGUCAUAGUGCUUCAUAGCCAAGUGCAGCCAGCUGUCUUUUCAAUGUGAUUAGAUAUGUGCUGCAUGAUCGUUAGUUUUAUGUGACGGAUAAAAAACAGGAUAGCAGGACAGAAAAUGGAAUUAAGCAAACUCAGCUUCUUGUCUCCCAGAGACUACACACGGUUCACAAUCACGUUUAGUACGGUUGGAUUGCAUACUUCACCUGGCAGUGGAAACAUUAGCACUGUGCAAUACAAGGAUGAUGAGUAUCUUUACCAAUAAAAGAAAAUCCGUCUU